AUGGCUCGCGCUGCAAUGAGCAAACUCUCCUGGGAGAGUCAUGUCCUCCGCCCCGUGCAAAACGCACCUCCUGCCAUCAUUCCCACACUAAUCUACGGUACCGCUUGGAAGAAAGAUCAGACCGCCGAUUUGGUACACCAGGCGCUCGGAGCUGGUUUCCGCGCCGUGGACACUGCUGCCCAACCCAAGCAUUAUCGCGAGGACUUGGUCGGGGAAGGCAUACGCAGGGCCCUCCAGGACGGCUAUGUCCGACGAGAAGAUCUUCAUGUCCAAACCAAAUUUACUUCUGUCAAUGGCCAGAGUCCAGAUAAUAUGCCGUAUGACCCCAAGGCCUCGGUGACCGAUCAGGUCCAUGCGUCUAUCAAGUCGUCGCUGCAUAAUCUCCGGCCGUCGAGCACGGCAGAUAGCGUGAAUGAUGCAUACAUUGACAUGCUCAUCCUGCACUCACCGCUGCCGACGAUGUCUCAGACAUUGGAGGCUUGGUCAGCAGUUGAAAGCUAUGUUCCUCACCAGGUCCGUAACCUGGGUAUAUCCAAUACCACUCUGUCCAUCCUGAAAGAGCUGUUUGCCCAAGCGAAAGUGAAGCCUGCUGUGGUUCAGAACCGAUUCUAUGCCGACACGCAAUACGAUGUUCCCUUGAGGGCCUUUUGCCGGGAAAAUCAGAUCAUCUACCAGAGCUUUUGGACGCUAUCGGCAAACCCUGAAUUGAUUCGCUCGGAUGCCGUUCAGCUGCUUGCCCACGAGGCAGACAUCUCGCCAGCUGCAGCCCUUUACUGUCUUGUUCUAGGACUGGGAUACACUACGGUGUUGGACGGUACGACCAAGCGGCAUCAUAUGGAGGCGGACUUGGCUGCCCUGCAGAAGAUCGAGCGGUUUACAGAGAACCAGCCGGACCUGUGGCAGAGAAUACUGAAACGCUUCCAGCAGUUGACUGGUGACCAGACAGUGGAAUAG